CUCUCCUCCCUCACCUCCCACUCCUGUGUGAUCAGAGAAACAUGGCGGCUCUCAGAGCUCUCAGCAGAGCGGACAAUAUCCUCCUCAAAAACCUCCCGGGUCCCCGGAGAGCCACAUUUAACCUCAUCAGUCACCAUUUGAGUAAGACUUGUGGCUGUUACUUUUCCACCUCCGGCGUGAGAAGUUCCCAGUUCUACUCAGAUCCCACGGAGGCAGUAAAGGACAUCCCCAGUGGAUCUACCAUUCUGGUUGGAGGCUUUGGAUUGUGUGGUAUACCCGAGAAUCUCAUCAACAGUUUACUGAAGACUGGAGUAAAAGGUCUCACUGCAGUCAGUAACAAUGCAGGAGUGGAUAACUUCGGCCUGGGCCUGCUGCUCCAGACUAAACAGAUCAAGAGGAUGAUCUCCUCGUAUGUUGGAGAGAAUGCAGAGUUUGAGCGGCAAUAUCUGGCAGGGGAGUUGGAAGUGGAACUAACACCACAGGGUACUCUUGCAGAGAGGAUAAGGGCCGGGGGUGCUGGGAUCCCCGCCUUCUUCACAGCCACUGGUUAUGGCACUCUGAUCCAAGAGGGAGGCUCUCCUAUUAAGUACAAUAAAGAUGGCAGCAUUGCCAUUGCCAGUGAGAAGAGAGAGGUGCGCGACUUCAACGGCAGGCACUACAUCAUGGAAAAUGCAAUCACUGGAGAUUUUGCACUGGUCAAGGCAUGGAAAGCUGACAAGGCGGGCAACGUUAUUUUCAGGAAGACGGCCCGAAACUUCAACCAGCCCAUGUGCAAGGCAGCCAAAACCACCAUAGUUGAGGUGGAGGAGGUGGUGGACGUUGGGACAUUUGCUGCAGAGGACAUCCACAUACCUAGUGUCUACAUCCACAGGAUUGUUCAAGGAGGCUCCUAUGAAAAAAGGAUUGAGAAACGCACAGUAAAGAAAAAUCAAGAAGCGAAGCCCAAACCAAAGAAGGACUCAGACAUUGUUCGGGAAAGGAUCAUCCGCAGGGCUGCUCUCGAGUUUGAGGAUGGGAUGUAUGCCAACCUUGGUAUUGGCAUCCCCAUGCUGGCCAGCAACUUUAUAAAAUCAGACAUCAUUGUACAUCUUCAAAGUGAAAAUGGAAUUUUGGGACUGGGGCCAUACCCCGCUGAAGAUGAAGUGGAUGCAGACCUGAUUAAUGCCGGGAAGGAGACUGUCACCGUGCUCCCAGGAGCUGCCUAUUUCUCAAGUGAUGACUCAUUUGCCAUGAUCCGAGGGGGUCACAUCAACUUGACAAUGCUGGGAGCCAUGCAGGUGUCAAAACACGGAGAUUUAGCCAACUGGAUGAUCCCGGGCAAGAUGGUGAAGGGUAUGGGAGGAGCCAUGGAUCUGGUGGCUAGUGCUGGAACCAAAGUGGUCGUUACCAUGGAGCACUCAGCUAAGGGAGGAAAGCACAAGAUAUUGGACAAGUGCAGCCUGCCUUUGACAGGAAAACAGUGUGUGGAUCGGAUCAUCACGGAAAAGGCGGUGUUUGACGUGGAUAAGACAAAAGGCCUGACUCUUAUUGAAGUAUGGGAAGGUCUUACUCCUGAGGAUAUCAAGGCAUGCACGGGCACAGAUUUUCAGGUGUCUCCCAGCCUGAGACCCAUGCAGCAGAUUUAAAGGAGCGUCGAUCAGCUCUGACGAUGUGUUUUUGGAUUGUGACACUUCGUUUCCCUGUGAUAGACAGCGGGUGAUAUCAGGAGAUAAGUUGUGUGAAAUAAGCUUAUAAAAUACUGUUUGGUUCAAUUCUUGUGUAAUCAAGAUAAACAUUUUAGAAGGAUUUUUUUUCACCAGCAAUGACAGCUGAAUAGGACUCAGAGCCAAUAUACAUUGUCCUGUUUUGGUGUGAUACGACAAUUACACCAUUAAAUUAUUCAUUUUCUCUUUCAUAGAUGCAGCUGUUAGGAAAUUCUGAAUUUUUACAAUCAACGUGCAAGUUAUGCAAUACAAAUGCAACUUUACAGGAUUUUAAACAUAAUUCAUAAGAUAAAUUAAAUCAUACUAUAAGAUGACUAGUAAUCUAAUGCAAUCCAUUGAGAGAACAAGUGACUUGUAGGUCAAUAACAGACGGUAGUGUGAAUGUAGCUUCUUAAACUUGUGGUACACCAAGCAGCAGAAAAGCUUCCUACAUUAUGCAAAAUAUCAUCUUCAUUUAACCCAUUUGGGAAAUGAGGGGGAUUUAGUCAAGUGGGUCUGACCGAGACAUGUUUGCAAUAAUUACCUCUGCCAUAAUGUUAAACUGUCUCUUUUCCUCAGCAAUUGUAUUAUUCAAACGACAACAAUAAGCCUUAAUGUUUUUUACUGACUUUUUUUUUUUUAAUUUGAUUUCUGUUUCUCUUUGGUUCCCCAGUGUUUGUAUAUAAAAUAAAAUACAGCCUGGUGUGCACAGUCCAA